UAGGAUCCAUGAAGUGCUCGUUGCCUCCGAUCUCAUCUGUCUCGAGCAUUUAGACUUUCUUACAAGACUCCUCCUGUUCAUCGCCCUCGGCACUCGUUGCAGUACGCAGAGAUGGCGGCGAUUCCCCCACCGAUGCCGACGAGCACGGCGAACUGGCACUGGAAGAACAAGACGGUGACGCCCUGGGCGCGGGCGUGGUUCGAGCGCGAGCUCGCCACCGUCGAGGUCAGCGGGGAGGGCGAGGAGAAGGUCGGCGUGCAGAAGUUGACCGACUUUGAGGGGGACGUGGAGCUUGGCCAGCGGAAGAGCAAGCUGAUCACGAUCUACGACUGCAAGGUCGAGCUGGAGUGGGCAGGGACCGCGUCGGAUGGGUCUGAAGUGACGGGCAAGCUCACCGUCCCGGAGGUCUCGCACGAGAUCACGCUCGAUGGCCUCUCAGACUACGUCUACCAUUGGACGCUGACGUCGCCGGCCUCGCCCCCGGCCGACGCGCUCCUCGCGCUCGCGAAGAAAAGCCUCCCCGCCGCGCUCGAGAAGAAGUUCGGGGAGUUCCCGGCGGCGCUCGUCGACACGCACGGGAAGGACCUGCAGGUGUCCUCCAGCGCGGAGCCCUCGCGCCAGGACACGCCCGCGCCAUCCGCGCCGUCCGCCAAGCCCUCCACGUCCGCGCCCGCCCCGGCGCCGGCGAAGAAGGCGCCGCGCGUGAACACGUCGUCGGUGAACGCGGAGGCGAACUUCAUGGCGGCCGCGGACGACCUGUUCGACCUGUUCACGAACGAGAAGCGCAUACCGAUGUGGACCCGCGCCCCCGCGGUGUCCGCCGCGAAGCCGGACACGGAGUACAGCCUGUUCGGCGGCGGCGUGAAGGGCAAGUACGUGAGCCUGACGCCGCCGAAGGAGAUAGUGCAGAGCUGGGCGCUGAGCAGCCCCACUUGGCCGGAUGACCACGUCGCGACCUUGACCACGACGCUCGACCAGGGUUCUGACUCUACGAAGGUCUCCUGGCGACUGGAGGGCGUCCCUCUCGGCAUGGAAGAGGAGACGCAGAGGAACCUGCAGGGAUACUACGUCCAUGGACUGAAAGCUAUCGGGUUGGGCACGGAGCUGUGAACGCAUGCGUACCAAGGUCGGUCGAGCCUCGAAACAAGGUGCGGACAUGGGGUCAUCCGUGGUUCGGGGGUGGUGGGAUACUGCGGUGUGCCGAUCACGGAAGGGUAGAGACAGAAGGAACGCAAGGUGUAUGCGUCGGCAGAAUACUAAUACAACAUUUGUACAUUGCUGCAUGUCUUUCUUUUUUGUCCGCUUUUGUCGACAACCCAGCAAGAAAAGAAGCACAGAAGACCAGCGAGAGGACAGCAAAUAUACGACGGAGAUGACCUAUAGACUCAACAGAAACCGAGAAACACAGCAUGGGCAACCAGGCUUUUACAGCGGAUGGGGGUUGUUCCAGAGGCGCUCGAUGAAUGCAAUGAGGAAUUUUGAGG